CGGGGCGGGCUGCUCGGGAGCCUGCCUCCUCCCCCCCGGGCGCUCCCAGAAGGGGUGCGGGUUCCGCGGCAGCACCCCCACUGCCCACUGGUCCCCAAAUGAAGCCAGUGUAGGCGGCAGGACGCCAGAGCCCCGGGGGUGCACGUUCCCAGCUGCCCACAAGGCGUCGCGUCCGCUUGGGGUCCAGCCCUACCCAGUUAGCAAGGGCGACCUCUGCGCGCGCCGGGCAGGGCAGUCGGGGAAGGGUCCCCCACGGGAAACCGAGGUCCCCGAGCUUCAGACCCCCCCCCCCACGGCGAGGAGGACAAGACUAGGAGCGCAUGACCGCGCCCAGGGACCCGCGGCGGCUCUGCAGGCUGGUUCAGGAGGGCCGGCUGUGCGCCCUGCGGGAGGAGCUGCAGAGCUCGCGAGGCCCGGCGGGGAGUGGGCCGGCCGGGGACACCCUCCUGCACCUGGCCGCCCGCCACGGGCAGCGCGACGUCCUGGCCUACCUGGUUGAGGCCUGGGACAUGGACAUCGAGGCCAGCAAUCGAGACUACAAGCGGCCUCUGCAUGAGGCAGCCUCCAUGGGCCACCGGGACUGCGUGCGGUACUUGCUGGGCCGCGGAGCCACGGUCGACUGCCUGAAGAAGGCCGACUGGACGCCUCUGAUGAUGGCUUGUGCCAAGAAGAAUCUCGAGGUGAUCCAGGACCUUGUAGACCAUGGUGCCAAUCCACUCCUGAGAAACAAGGAUGGUUGGAACAGUUUCCACAUUGCCAGCCGAGAAGGUGAUCCUCUGGUCCUUCAAUACUUGCUCACAACUUGCCCAGCUGCCUGGAAGACAGAGAGCAGAAUUGGAAGAACACCUCUUCAUACUGCAGCAAUGCAUGGCUGUUUAGAGGCAGUAAAGGUGCUUCUUCAGAGGUGCCAUUACAAACCAGACUGCAGAGACAAGUGUGGUCUCACACCAUUUAUGGAUGCAAUUCAGUGUGGUCACAUCACGAUAGCCAGGCUGCUCCUCGAAACACAAAAGGUUUGUGUUUCUGCUGAAGAUUCCCUGGGGGCCCAGGCUAUACACAGGGCAGCAGUCACUGGGCAGGAUGAAGCCAUCCGAUUCUUGGUCUCUGAACUUGGCACUGACAUAGAUGUGAGAGCAAGAGCCACCCACUUCACAGCGCUUCAUUAUGCAGCUAAGGAAGGACAUAUAAGCACAAUCCAGACGCUCUUAUCCUUGGGUGCUGACAUCAGCUCUAAAGAUGAAAAAAAUAGAUCAGCCCUGCAUCUGGCCUGCACAGGGCAGCACAGGGCCUGUGUUGAGUUUCUUCUGCGGACCGGCCUGAAGGACUCUCCAGACAGUACAGGGACCUGGGCCCAGCAACUCACCCAGAGAGCAGACAUUCUGCAGUGCUUCGCCCACUGUGAAAAGACACAAGGGUGUUUCUAAAAGAAGACAAUAAGAGGGCUUCCUCUGGUGGCGCAGCGGUGGAGCUCUGGGCUGCUAAGCUGCCUGCAGCCUCUGCAGUGCCCGUUAGAUCCCCAACCACGGCAAGGGUCCCACAUGGCACGCAGACCUCUCCUGCAGCCCGCUGCUCCCCUCAGCAGUGUAUUUCGGUCCAUCUGACUGUUUUGUUUCCCGCUCUGACUCUGGUGAAUUCUCUCACCCUCCCGUGCUUCUGACUGUACCCAGUGCUUGUAUAAAUAAAUAAAUCUUAAAAAAAAAAAGACAAUAAGAUGCAUGGUCAUUUAUAUCUUGCUUCUCAUGUGAUUACCGAGUCAGUGAAAUCUGUCAGUAGCCACAUUUCCCUUCUCUUGCCCCUGCCCUCUCCCCUUCAGUUGAGAAUUCCCAGACAAUUAGGAGACUGAGUUCUGAGCUGUGUGGCACAUUCAGAGAUGUACAGCACAAUCAGAAUCUUUCCAUACCUCCAUUUCACUUUUUUCUCC